AUGGAUUACAUUAAAUUAAGUGAAGCUCCUCAAUGGUUCAAUUCACAAAUGAAAAGUAACAUUCAAAAUCACUCAGCUUUCCAUGAUCACGAUCACUAUUCCCUGAAUCAUCCGAAGCGGAUAAUUCCAUCGUAUAAGUUUAUUGGUCAAAUGGAAAAUAAUAAUAAUAAUAAUCAAAUAAAUACAAAGACCAAACCGCUGAAAUCAAAACCGCUUCUUCGUCCGCCUACAUCCAACACAGGGAUUGAAACCUCUACAAAUGAUGCAAACAGUCUUACAGUGAAAACAAGGACGAAACAUCAGAAUCAUGUCAGUCAGCAUAUUCAUCAUCACCAUCAUCAACAUCAUCAUCAGCAGCAACAGCAAAAUGAACAGCACUCACGUGAUCGCAAGCAUAGGCGUAAUCGCACCACUUUUACAACUUUCCAAUUACAUGAAUUAGAAUGUGCAUUUGAGCAUAGUCAUUAUCCAGACGUUUUAAACAGAGAAGAAUUAGCCGCGAAAAUUAGGCUGCCGGAAGUUCGAGUUCAGGUUUGGUUCCAGAAUAGACGGGCGAAAUGGAGACGUCAAGAAAAACAAGAGGCUAUAAUCCAUACGAAAAAUCUUGAAGAGGCGUUACCAUAUCUCAAAAAGCAUAAUAUUAAUAAUAAUAAUACUACGUCCUCUGAGAUGAAUCCAUUGAAAACAGAAAUUCAUCCAUCAGACAUUAAUAAUAAAACUGAAUUAUAUGCUCAUGAUGCCAAUAGUUCAUUAUACCAGGUCUCUCCUUAUCUGCAUGAAACGUAUUUUUCGAAUCCGAAAGAAGUUUACAGCAUGUUACCAAAUAUUAUAAAUCCAAUACAGUCGAUGUUCAUGACAAAUGACUACCUAAAGUCACAUCACUUAAAUGAUAGUUCUGGGUGA